AUCAAACCUUCUCUUUCACCUUCAUUUUAAAUCUCACACACAUCCUCCAUUAACACACACUUACACCUUUUCUCCAUAACCACUGCGUGUUUCCAAUGGAAUAUUCCGACGACCAAAUCGACUCAUCGGAGCUCUCCUCAACGAGCUCCACCGUCUCCUCGAUCUUCGGCAGCAGCGACGUCGAUUUAUCGAGCGCUUUCUCCAUCACCAGCAGCUCCUCCGGCGAGAUGUUAACGGUUCCGAUCAAGUUAGGUCGUGAACUGAACGAAGAACGGUUGAGGAAAUGCGUCGGGAGGAAUAAGCGUGUUGCGUGGGGGAUUAGGUCGGAGAUUGGACGGCGGAAGGAGAUGGAGGAUGCGGUGGCGGUGGUGCCGGGAUUCAUGACGUGUAAGUGUGAUCAAGUCGGAGGAUGUACUGCCGGAAGUUCUAGAAGCUCCGGUGAGAUCUCGCCGGUGCAUUUCUUCGGUGUUUAUGACGGUCAUGGCGGUUCGCAAGUUGCGAAAUUCUGUGCUGAACGGAUGCAUGAAGUGAUAGCACAAGAGUGGGACCAAGAUGCAAAUGAUGAGUUUAAAUGGCAACAAAGAUGGGAAGCGGUGAUGUCAAGUAGCUUUCAGAGGGCCGACAAUGAAGUAAUUACAGAUGCAGCAGCUUCUGAGAUGGUGGGAUCAACCGCGGUUACGGUGGUCUUAUCUGGCUGCCAAAUUAUAGUAUCCAAUUGUGGUGAUUCACGAGCAGUGCUUUGUCGAGGCACCGAAACUAUCCCUUUGACUGUUGACCAAAAGCCGGAUAGAGAAGACGAACUCUUGAGAAUUGAAGCACAAGACGGGAAAGUCAUAAAUUGGAACGGAGCAAGAGUAUUCGGAGUUCUUGCCAUGUCGAGAGCAAUAGGUGACCGGUACUUAAGACCAUGGAUAAUACCAGUCCCCGAAAUAUCCUUUACAGCAAGAACCAAUGAGGACGAGUGUUUGGUAAUAGCAAGUGAUGGGCUAUGGGAUGCCAUGUCAAACAAUGAGGUUGGUGAGGUGGCGCGUCGGGUUUUACGCCGCCGCAGGCGGACUGCCGAUGCCGGUGAGGGAACGGCGGCACAAACACUUGCUGACAGCUUGACUGAGAUAGCCAUGGGAAGAAACAGUUCCGACAACAUAUCGGUAAUCGUUGUUGAUCUAAAAUCAAAGAAAAAACAACAGAAUAUUACGUGAUCGAGAAAGCACGCGAAGCUGACUGGUUUUCGACGCGGUAAAUAAGAUCAUUCCUCACCCUUUUUGUUAUAUGGUUUGAUCCGUUAUCUAUCGAGUGGAAGAAUUAGUAUUGAGAAUGUGAAAAUGUGAUUGAUGAUGAACAUAUAACCGGUGUUAACAUGUGCUUGUUGGAUGUGAACAUUUAACGGAUGUUAACAUGUGAUUGAUGAUGUUGGUACUAAAAACCGAAAUUUUGACCGAUGCAGUUGAUGAUAACAUUCAACUGGUUUUUUCCCUUA